CACAAGCAGACAAGAAAGCUGUGUCUUGAUGUUGCUGAUCUCCGUGCAGACGUCUGGAGUUUCCCGCUAAAUGCAGUUAAAUCUACUUUUCGGAGAGGCAGUAAGAACCUAUUAAAAAUGCCCCCCACUGCUGUCUACGACAUCUCCGUGAAAACAGGCGACAAGAAGAAGUCGGGGACAGACGCAAAUGUAAAGAUUUGUCUUUAUUGUGACGAUGGAAACAAAACAGACAAUUACAAUCUGGACAAAUUUUUCAAAAACGACUUCGAGAGAGGACAGAAGGAUUCUUUCUCUGUAAAAGGCAUGAGUCUGACCAGAGUGGAUUACAUAGAGCUCUGGCGUGAUACAGCUGGCAUCAUGGACGACUGGUUUGUGGAUAUAGUUGAGGUCGUUUGUUCAAAACAAGUCUUCGUUUUCCCCUUCUUUAGAUGGAUUAAACCAAACUACCGCUAUAAGAUCCGCCAUCUAGAUACGUCACUUCCGGAUAAUGAUCCGUUCAAGGAACAGAGAAGGAUGGAGAUAAACAACGCACGAGAGCAGUACGAACUGGAGGUUAAGGUCCCGGGUUUUCCUGCACAGGUGAAGUCAUUGCCAGAAGAUGAAAACUUUUCAUUCGACUACGUGUGGGAUAUAACGAAGAGGAAAGCACAUGCUAUCCUGAUGAGCAAGAUCGUCAAGCUUACCAGUGGUAGCUGGAAGAAUCUGGAUGAUCUGAAGAACAUGUACACAAAGGAAGUUCUUGUCCUUCCCGAGAGUGUGGAACAUUGGACGGAUGAUACGUAUUUCGGAUAUCAAAGGAUAUCCAAGAUGAACAACACCGUCAUUGAGUUGUGUACCGCCGUUCCGAAAAAAAUGGUGGUUACAGAUGACAUGGUCAAAGAAAGCUUGGAAGGGUUCACGUUGGAUACCGCUAUACAAGCAAAACGCUUGUUUGUCGUCGAUUAUGAAAUCAUGGAUAGUCUCCCCUGCGGAAAAGAUGACACAGUGAUAUGUGCUCCAAUAGCUCUUUUCUUUGUGAAUGGAAAACAAAAGUUGAUGCCGAUUGCUAUACAACUAUUUCAGAAUCCAGGGAAAGAUAACCCAGUUUUCCUUCCAGCGGAUCCUGAAUACACUUGGAUCACAGCCAAACUUUGGUUCAAUCAUGCCGACAGCACUUACCACCAGUCCUUCACCCAUUUAGGUGGAACUCAUCUAAUGAUGGAAGGUGUAGCUGUUAUAACCCAUAGGAAUAUGUCUCCAUCACAUCCAGUUUUCAAACUUCUCGCCCCUCACUUCCUGUACUUACUUGCUAUAAAUACACGUGCGCUAGGAAAUUUGGUGGCGCCUGGGGGCUGGGCGGACAGGGCUUUGUCCGUCGGAAUUAAAGGCAUGUUCGACGUCAUAAGGAGAAAGUGUCUGCAGUGGAGACUUGAUAUAGACGGUACUCUCCCAAAGGAUCUGGAGCGAAGAGGGUUGCUAGGAGACAACGUGUUGCCAGGAUACUACUUUCGGGAUGACGCACUGCAAGUCUACAACGCAAUAUUCAACUUUGUCGUCAAAUAUUUAAAAUUAUAUUAUGAAUCAACGGCCAAGCUCCUCGGAGACACCGAACUUCAGGACUGGGCAGCAGAAAUGGUGCUGUCGAAGGACAAAGGAGGCCUCGGACUUCUUGGAGUCCCGGGCAGUGGAACGGUCACCACGAUUGACCAACUAGCCACAAUUAUUACCAGUAACAUAUACAUGUGCAGCGUGGCCCAUGCUGCAGCCAAUUUCCCUCAGUAUGACCAGUAUGCCUUUCCUCCAGCCUACCCUGCCUCCAUGAGGGGCAAGCCACCAACAGAUAAGAAACCUUUAUCAGAGAUGUCUGUGCUGGCUGCUCUCCCUGACAAGGAUACCACACUGGACAUGAUGGUGGUGACACACAUUCUGAGCGAGAGAACUACUAACUGUCUGGGUAACUUUGAGGUCCAGUAUGUGUACGACCCACCAGCAUUAGCCGUUAUUGACGAGUUUAAAAAUGCGCUGAAAAUGAUAUCUCAGCAAAUCAAGGCAAAGAACAAGACACGGGACCCUCCAUAUCCUUGGUUAGAUCCCGAGGAGAUUCCGAAUGCCAUCAGUAUUUGAGGCUCGUUUCGAAAGAUUGAGACAUACAAUAAUUUACAGUUGGAGUGUGCCAUAAUCUAACAAGCUUGUCAGGCUUGCCAUUCAAUUGCAUUUUACUUUUGCCAGGAUGUAGAGUUUGUUUUCAUGUAUGUACAGACUUAUGGGUAACAGAUUCUCACCAUAACUUGAUAGCAUGCAUGUAUGUAAUGCUAUGCUUCUGCAAUGUUAUGAGUAUUCAAAGGCAACGCCCAUUGAUGGCACGUGCAAUAAUUAUGCUUAUUUAAAUUGUCAUCAGUGUUAACAGAAUUUGUUCCCGACCAACAGACCUGGAUUUAUUAAAAUGCCAUAUAGUGCCAUGUUCACCAGAAUAGUGCUCAAUGAAGAAAUUCUUGCCAAUAUUUGUUGAUUAUUUAUAUAAACGCACGUAAAGAAACAUAUAAAUAUAAUGCAUGUUAAUCUU